AAUAAGAAAGAAAGAAUAAUAAGGAAGAAAUUAAAGUAAAAUGGAAAAGCUAGAAGCUCUUAAAAUAUCGUCAAUGCGUCCGCGGAGCAAUAUACUCGAUCGACCGCUGUCCAAAGGCAAAUCUGAGGUAUCACAGAGCAUUGUAGCGUUACUAUUCAGUGAGAUUGUUCAAUACUCCCAGAGUCGUGUAUUCACAGUACCCGAAUUGCAAACAAGAUUACAUGAGUUGGGCCAAGAUGUGGGCACACGCAUCAUUGACCUGUAUUUUAUGCGCGAACGUAGCGCCAAGCGCGAAACAAAGCUGACGCAGAUGCUGCUUUUUGUGAAGACCACCGUGUGGAAGAAUCUGUUUGGCAAGGAGGCCGAGAAGUUAGAGCAUGCCAACGACGAUGAGCGCACUUACUACAUUAUUGAAAAGGAGCCGUUGGUCAACACGUUCAUAAGUGUGCCGAAAGACAAAAGCUCUCUGAAUUGUGCUAACUUCACAGCUGGUAUAGUUGAAGCGGUUCUAACUCAUUGUGGAUUUCCUUGUAAGGUAACCGCGCAUUGGCACAAGGGUACCACAUAUAUGGUUAAGUUUGAGGACUUUGUCAUAGCCCGCGAUAAGCAAAUGGAGGAAAAAUAGCAAUAUAAUCAAUCCUACUAUAUACAUACAUUAACAAAAAUAUAUUAACUCUAUUUUAAUUCGUUAAGAUAUUGCGUUUAAUUUUCACACUUUGCAAAAAAAGAAAUAAUUUGUAUACUUAAAUAAACUUGAACUGACGAUCCUUGUACGCAACCUGUCCCGAACGGUAUUUCUCCUCGCGUGCAUCUCGCUCGCUCUUUAGCGCCCAAGCGUAGACAGCGAUGGGCA